GCACUGCGGCACCGGAAGUACAGAACACAACACAGCGGCAGAGCAGGGGAUGUGGAGUUAAUCCUCUGCCAAAGGUUGCCUUUAAUCGUUUUUGCCAGUACUCUUUAUCAGGCUCGGGUCGGUGAGCUUUGGCAUCCCGUCAAAUCGCAGUAGACAGACAGACAGCAGAGGGAGGAGGCGUUCAAUCGGGGACACUGCAGCGAGAGCAUCAUCAUAGCACACGCUCUCAGAGCGCUGCGCGUGCACGCUGCAUCCCUCUCUCUGCCAUCUCUGGCAUUUUAACAAGAGCCGCUUCAGCAAGAGGAGAGAUACGAACAUGCCCAUCAAAUCUGCGAAUUUCAAGCUGAGCAUUUGUUUUUAUUAUUAUUAUUUGUAUAUGCUGUGUGGAUGUGAACUUUACUGGUUUCCCCGGAUAAAAUCAAAGUAAGCCACAGCAUCUCUGUUGAUGUUACUCAUAUCCAGCCCGUUAUCAGCACCGCUCAGCUGGAAUGAAAGAAGAGCAUUGCUACCAGAGAAAACAGCGCAUAAACCUGGAUCAGGAAAUGAAUCGUCUUUGCUCUGUUAAUAAUAACUUUCCAUAUGACAACAAUCUCCUGGUGUUGGACAUGGUGCUGAGCUCGCUAUGGGCAUCGCCUCAGCCAAUCAACUGGGAGAAUGUUGCCAAGUUGGUUCCAGGGUUCACACCUAAAGAGUGUGCACAGAGGUUUGAAGAGCUGAAGACUACGGGCAGUUUCCCUCAUGUUGAUGACCAGUGUAACCCACUGACCGGAGCAGUGAGUUCUCCAUCAGAACCCUUUCCCACUUACAUCAAAUCUAAUUUAUUGGACAUUACCAGAGAUACGGGGGAACCACAGUCCAAUCAGGCCACUCUCUCAGAGUCAGGCCUCACUGUGAUCCCUACUGGUCGAGGAGACUCUGCAGAGAGUGAGAUUGCAGAUCCUGCCAAGAAGAUUGAGAGAACAGAAGGGAAUAAAAGCCCCAAUAUGGUAAUCCAUGUUUGUGAUGAGGCCAAGAACCUGAAGCAGGACUUUGUGUGUCCAAGAAACCUUCUGGUGAAAGAGAUGCGUUACUUUGAAGAGUAUCUGUCUGUGGACCCACAGCGAUGGGAUGAGGUGGACAUUUCUGUCCACUGUGACGUCCAAAUCUUCGACUGGCUCAUGAACUACGUCAAGAGUCACAACACUGAACAUUCGCAUGGAAAACACGUGGACAAACCCAAGCUGGGUAACUGUCUUUUGGGAACUGUUUCAGAAGUUCUGGAGCACAGCAAUGUCAUCUCAAUCCUGAUCUCCUCCGAGUUCUUGAAGAUGGAAACUUUAGUUGAGGAGUGUAUCCAGUAUUGUCACAAACAUAUGAGUGCCAUCAUAGCAACGCCGUGCAAUAUGAACUGCAUCAACAACAACCUGGCCGGACGCAUUGCUGAUCUCUUCAGCCACAAUGAGGCAGAUGACCUCAAGGACAAAAAAGACAAAUUCAAAAGUAAACUAUUUCAGAAAAAGAUCGAGAGAUUAUUUGAUCAUGGUUAUCAUAAUCACGAUUCCCCUGGUAAUGCAUCUACUCUGUACAGAUGUGGACUUUGCCUUAAGCUUUUAACCAAAGAAACAGAGAGAAAAAUCCCUUGUGUUCCAAACAAAAUCAACAUAGAUGCCCGAGGAAACAUUAUAUUCACUCACACCAGACAUAAGGCCUGGGAGGUACAUGAGUAUGUUAAUGGGCUUUAUGAAGAGUUGAAGUCCUGGGUACUGGUUUACUGGAGGAUCUGGGGCACCAUCAACUUCCUUGCCUGCUCACGCUGCAAACAGACAUUCCUGUGUACGGAGUUGGGCCAGUGUAAAUAUCACCCAGAGGCGGUUGUGUAUCCUGGCAUUGGGGCAGAGCAAAGAUGGCACGGCACUGGUCUUUACCCCUGCUGCAACCAGAAAGUCCUACGAUUCGAUCCCUCCUCCAUGCCCAAGGGCUGUAAAAUAAGAGACCACAUUGUAAGUGCGACAGAUGGUGGUGACUGCGGCGAUCACAAUGUAAACUCAACUCAGACCAGAAUACUCAAUGACCUGCUGCUACACAGAGAGGCUGUGUGUGUGCCCGAGAGCUCUGAGGACCCUUCUACAGGCAGUGAACAUGCACCAGGAUAUGAUGUAACACUGGAGCAAGGGAUGCUUACAGCUCACAGACCCAAGGAAACCACAGCUUUUUCACUCUUAAAAAGCUGGAGUCUUCAGCUGCGGCAGCAGUCUCUGCUGUCUGAAGAUGAGGAAUACACUACUGGGUCAGAGGUCACAGAAGAUGAGGUUGGGGAUGAAGAAGACACUUCAAAAAAACAAGCUGCAAAGAAGGCAAGAAAAUCUGGCAAACCUUUGAAAAAACAAGUGUCCUCGCCGAAUUUUCAACGUAAGGAAAAAUCUGGAGAAAAGGCACCAUCUCGAGACUCAACCCCGUUCACCGUCAGCAUCCAGAAGAAUAAGUGGGAUAGCAAUCGCUCCAUGAGGUACAAUCAGGAUGCACAGAGGGAGGAGGAUCAGAGGAGAAUGGAGGAGAUUAUAGCAAAUCUCACUAAAAUGCGCUUCGGUGACCAGGAGCAGACAAAGUUUAAAGACACAAAAGAGCCUGCAGGGGGGCUCUACCCGAGGCUGGAGGCCCAGUUUAAGGCCUCCUCACAGUCCAGCGGAAGACACAGCAGCUCAGAGAAAACAAUAAGAGCAAAGACACGCUCGGGGCCGUCAAAACCGACUUAGAGGAAAUAUGGAGAUAAGUGGAUGAGUUUUUGAAAAGGAGGAGUAAAUGAGGUUGCUGCUGUUUGACGAGGCAGAAGAAACCAUCGCUCUUUUCGUCCAUCAUUUGCUUCACUCCUCACCCCACCCUCCUCCCGAACUCUGUCCAGACACAGCAGGAAUAGCAUUAGCGUCUUUUCCGUUACAAUCCCAGGAGAAGAAUGGAUUGUUGGUGUGGUCGCUGAUGUCAUAAUUGUAGCUAUAAAGCAUAAACAAUGGACCUAAUAAAACCUUCAGUUGCACUGUAAACAACAAGCUUUUGGCUGCUAUUGAAUUGGUUGCACCCACUAAAGAAUUGGGUAAUACUUUACAGUAAGGUUUCAUUAGUUAACUACUUUAGUAUUAAGAAUUAACAAUGAUUCUACAGCAUUUAUUAAUCUUAGUUCAUGCUAAUUUUAAACAUUUACUAAUACAUUAUUAAAGGGUUAGUUCACCCAAAAAUGAAAAUAAUAUCAUUUAUUAUUCACCCUCAUGCCGUUCCACGCCCGUAAGACCUUCGUUAAUCUUCGGAACACAAAUUAAGAUAUUUUUGUUAAAAUCCGAUGGCUCAGUAAGGCCUGCAUUGCCAGCAAUGACAUUUCUUCUGUCAAGAUCCAUUAAUGUACCAAAAACAUAUUUAAAUCAGUUCAUGUGAGUACAGUGGUUCAAUAUUAAUAUUAUAAAGCGACGA